AUGUACACUGAUGAAUAACUUUAUAAUUGCUAAAUCCCUCUUUAAAAAUAGAAAUAUGAAGAUGAAAAACUUAAAUUACAACCAAUAGAUUGUUGGAUUUUCAUUUUACUAUCUCCCUUAACAUUUUUUGGAUCCUCAAGGAUAAUAUACCAAUUCCUAAAGAACACUAAACUGUUUGGAAUACCUGGAGAUAGUGUUUUCGUUAUUACUAUAACCAAUGGCAUUGAAAGUGCUGUUUAGUUUUCAACAGCCAUCUAUGUGCUUGUAACUGAUGAAGCUCCGAUGCAUAAUGCAUUUUGCGAGGUAAAUGCAAAUGUAAAAUAGAUUACAGGACUUGCAACUUCAAUUGUUUUUAUGAUUUCAAAUCUUAACAUAUUUGUUUAUGCUGCCUAUCCUUUAGCCUUAAUUUACAAUGCACUGGAAUCAACAGCCAGAAUCUUGAGAAUUUUCAACUAUUCUCUUCUUGCCUUAAUUCUCUUGAUUGUUAUAUUAGGGGAAAAAAUAGUGUCCACUACUUUAAAUGGAAUAUGUGCAAUAUCGGCUACUGAUAGUAUAACUUGGGAUCUCAUAAUCUCACUCAGCUAUUUAUUUGUUUUCCUUUUGUUUGCAACCAUGUCCGUUCUAUACGCUAUAACCUUUAAAAAAUUGAUUCCCAAGUUCUCAACAAUGCGACAAGCCAGAGGCUAAUAUCUCAGAUAUUACUAAAUGUUCAUAGGGUUUAGUAUAACUAUGAAAUUACUUCUUGGAAUCUUUAGUGGAAUUAAUUUAUUGAAUUGUUACAUAUUUCUUUCAGCUUAGUUAUAAGUUUUUGGAACCUUACAAAACUUCACCCAAGCAUUGUGCAUACUUGGUUAAACUAUCAUAAUUUUUAAAGAUCCAUCAUUUAAUUUGCUACCCAGUCAUUCUUAAACAUCAGAUAACAACACAGUCAAUGAUAAUUAAGAAAUCUCUUUAUAACAAUUCAAUGUUCUAGAAUAAUUGCAUAAAGAAAUGAAAAAAACUUAAGUAACUUCAAUGUUGGCUGGAGUUCAAAUACUUAGAAGACAGAAAUAAGAAGAUGUAAUCUAAUACAGAGAUCUGGUUAUUACUGAAGAUCAAGAUGGGAGUGGCAGCAAUUCCAGUCAAGGAGACUUAAGUGAACUUAUGGAAGCCAUGUCAUAACCCUUUACAAUUGAAGAAAUUGAAGAAUGUUUAGUCACCAACUUAAAUAAUUAAGUAUUAAAAGAGAAAUUGAAUAUUGAUCAAGAAAUUGAAGUGUUCUCUAUGCGAUGCAUACUUUAUGCACCCAAGAUAUUCAACUAUUUCAUUACUAUAGAUAAUAUAGAUAUUGAUGAUUGCUUUGAUUUAAUCAAGAACUCUUCUAAAAUAGAUCAAUUUACUGGACCAGAUGGAGGCAAAAGUGGUGAAUUCUUCUUCUUCUCUUAUAAUAAUCAACUGAUCAUCAAAACUAUGAGAUAAAGUGAAGUGAACACCUAUAAAAAGAGACUCUACAAUUUCGCUACAUAUCAAGUUAACAACCCUUUGUCUCUACUCAAUAAAAUUUAUGGAAUGUAUACUUUUGAACGAGAAGAAUAAUCUAAUUCAAGAGUACAUUUUCUGAUCAUGAAAAAUAUUUCAUUAGGCAUUCCAAGAAGCUAAAUUUUGAGAACAUACGAUAUGAAAGGAUCUGAAUAUGAUAGAGAAGUACUAAUUAAGAAACCUUCAAGUGAUCUCUCAUAGAUGACAUUAAAGGAUAUCGAUUUCUUUAAGAUUGAACAAUAAUUAUGGAUUGAUGAAUCAAUUUACAAAAAACUAAAUCAAUAUCUAAUUAGCGACUCUAUAUUUUUAGAAAAGUAAAAAUUGAUUGAUUACUCCCUUCUUGUUAUGAUUAUCGAUUGGAAUUAGAAAGAAGAGGAUUUGCAAAAGCAUUUAGAUGGCCAAAAAAUGAAUAUUAUCCCAUCUAUCAAAGAAAAAGGAGUACUAUUUAUCGUUAAUUAGAUAUAUUAUCAUAUUGCCAUUAUUGAUUACUUGUAACAAUGGAAUGUCAAUAAAUCUUUAGAGAGAAAAACAAAAAAGAUUAUUAAAAUGAAUAUCCAACUUGAUACUUCAGCACAAGAACCGGAUAUUUAUGGAAAACGAUUCUAAGAAAAAUUAAUUAAUAGGAUAGUUCCUUUGAAAUGA